GAUAAGGACAUGGGUCGAAAAUUUCGGUCUUCAAUCAAUCACUGUGUAUUGGCCAUCGGACAACAGUAACUGGGUUAUAUAUAAAGGGGAUACUCGUGAUAACAGGACAUACCCUCCUGAUCCUCGUACACCGACCGUCAAAAGGAUAAUCACAAUGAAAGCUGUGUUGUGUAUAGCUGUGCUGGUAGUGGCGAUGGCCUUGGCGGAAGCCGGUGGAUAUCGUGGAUAUUAUCCACGCAUGCAACAUAAGGGCAGACCAUGUCACAAGGGAGGUAAGGGUGGAUAUAUCAUUGGCGGUGGCAGCUACCCCAUGUCCUACCCAUCCUACAGUACCUACAGCAUGGGCUACCCCGGAGGCUCCUACUACGACAACUCCUACGCAGGUAGCGGAUCCUACCUCGGGGGCGGGUCGACUUACAUUACCAGCGGGGCCUCCUCACCCUAUAUUGGCGGUGGUUCCAGCUACGUUUCCGGUGGAGGAUCUUACAUGGGAAGUGGAGGCUACUACCCGGGCGGCAGUGUAUCAUAUGUAUCAGGAGGAUAUCCCAGUACCCUCAGCACAGGAAGUUAUCCCACCUACAGCUCCGGCGGCAUGUACAGCACAGGAGGUUACCCCACCUACAGCUCCGGCGGCAUGUACAGCACAGGAGGUUAUCCCACCUACAGCUCCGGCAUGUACAGUACCGGGGGAUAUCCUAUGGGUGGAGGUAGCAGCUAUCCCGCUACCUACCAGGGUUAAAUCAGGCCACAUCUCCAUUUCACGAAUUCGAUUUCAGACCAGACGUUUCGGUUGAGGCUAUGAAGUUGUCAUGCAGUCACAAGAGGCGGCCUGUUUCCAGUAUAAUCCGUCUCAUCUCUCCUGUCGGGAUGAUCGACUGUUUAUGCGAGUUGGCGAGUCUGAUUCUGCAAGAAACAUGUUACAUGAUUUUCACUGUUAAUAAAAAUUGUUUGGACCAAA